CUUCUGAGGGGACCGGGGCGGGUGUGGGUGUCGCGGCUUAGGGUUCCUGUGGGGAAGAGGAAGGUCCCUACCCCACCCCGACCAGAAGGGCGCCGGCGAGGGGGUGGCGCGCAACACGUGCCUGUGUGAGGGAAAGACUCUUCCCCCUCGCUGCCCUGCUCACUUUCCUCACGGGCACCUUCAUUUCCCUCCCCCAACCGGACUCACAACAGACCUGUGAGAAUGGCAAAGAAAAGAAAAGCUGCUGACAUGAAGACAGAAAAGAAAAAGGAAGAAAUGAAGCAUCACUUGGCAGAAAAGAAAAAGGAAAAAAUGAAGCAUCUCAUAUCAGAAAAGGAGCAACAGGUCGAUGAACCUAAGUUGAAAAAACAGAAUCUGGAGAUGGAGCCGAACCAUUCCCCACAACACGCAGGAGAGAACUACAGGAGGGAAAAGAAACCGGAGGAGGAUACAGAUGAAGAACUUUCUCCAGAGGAAAAGAGGACGUUGGAAAGAAAGCUGAAGAAAGAGCGCAAGAAGGAAGAAAAGAGAUUAAUGCGAGAAAAAGGGAUCGUAGUUAAGAAAGUAGAACCUAAGAAACCAUCACCAUCAGAGUUGGCACUAAACUAUUUAACUAGGUAAGUUCAAUAGCUUUGAAGAUUCC